AGCGUAAUAGUUGUGUUAGAUUUUGUUAAAUUUGUUAAUAAACAGCUGAGUAUUGGAUUUAAAAAAAGCAUUUUGUUCUUGUGCACACUCGGUAGCUCGCACUUUACAAUGGUGUAGUCGGUCACGUGACACUUUGGCACAUGUUGGUGUCAAAUUUGCAAACAAGUCGGUUCAUGUUUAUUUUGAAUAAUUUGUGCUAUUUUGUUAGUUUUUGCAUUUAAACAAUUAAUCCUGUGCCAGUUACAAGAAUAGUUACCGCAAUGGAGUUGGAUGAGCACUACAGUGUGCGUGACCAUUUGACGACCUUUUUCUUCGACCUUGGUCAUCUCGAUCUGCAAUUGCCGACAGAUAUGUCUAGUUUAAGUGUUGAGGCGCAGGCUGUGCUAGUACUGUCGCGUUACUUUGGAAUAAAAACAUCGGACGGUCUCAAGAGUUGGAGUCUUCCCAAUGAUUUUACAGACGAAAUAACCUACAUUAAAACAAUUUUUCCUUCCUUGGAUGCGGAUUAUGUUAGGGACCAGUUAAAAGUAUUUAGAGAUAUGCCAAAUCGUCUAGAAAUUGUAUUAAGAAUAAUUGUUAAUACGAAAGUUCUCGAACAAAACAAAGAAUCCCCGUUACGCAAAAGAUCGUCUUUUUGCGUCCAGAUAACAGACGACCAAAUAAAACAGCAUAAACCAUCGAAAAUCAGAAAAGUGUCAGCAACUGUAACUAAUCAAAUCCCCAACGAAACUUCCACAUCCAUGACAAACAUUUGCAUAGUUAGCCAAAAUUAUAACAAAAAACCUUGCACCAUCACAUCUUCAGUCACUUCAGUCUCGGAUGAAACCACGUUUGAGAACGACAUAAAACCAUUGUCUGAACCUGAUGACUACCUCAGAAUUGUGCUAAAUAUGGAGCAAGAUGCACGAAAAUCAAAAUCGGCUGUUAAUUCUCAGGAUUCCGAUAAAACUGAGAUUUACGUGCCUGAUAUCAAAGAAGAGGAGUGUAAAGUACUUGAACCUACAAAGUGUGAUAGUCCCCUUAAUUUGAAAGUCGACAAGUGUGAUGUUGAACCAAAUGAGACAAGUGCAAUCAAAGUGGAACCAGUUCAGGAAGAAAUACCAAAUCAACUUAAUGAGAAUGAAAGACUUCUUCUUGAAUUACAUAAUGGUUUAGAAAUACCGAGUUUUGAUGAUAAAGGGGUAGAGCAGGAGGUUGAAGUGACUCCUUCGACGUCCACUGGACAAACAAAUGUCCUCAUGAAUCUAGACGGCGAGUAUUUCGAUUUAGUCAAGCACGUCCACAAAGCCACAAAAGCUCCUCCAGCCGUAAUCAAAUAUCACUGCACUAAAUUACGUUUGUGUCGAUACAAAAGACCACCAAAUCAACUUCUCGAACGUCUCAUCAUUAAUGUUUUAAGUAAUACGAUAGAUUUGGAUACAAGCGAUGAUGGUGAAAGUUCUAGUCAAGAUACAAGUUUUAGUGAUUGGCUGAAACAACAACAACAAGAAUCGGAAAAUUUGAUACCUCAAAAUGAGCCGGAAAAUGUUAGUGUCCAAUUGGUUAAUCAUCUGUGUAGUAUUUUUCCCGAUGCUUGCCCGCGUUAUAUUCGGGGUUUGUGUGGCAAUAAAGAGAUGAACGACAUGGUUUUGGACGAACUGAUCACAAUUAUCCUAAGUGCAAACAACGAGUAUCCGAAGCGGUCUCUCCCGGCCCCUGAACCGGAAGUUAUCCCGGAAAACCAGUUUGAGAUCCUCCAGGAAGUACUUCCAGACGCUGAUCCGGAUUAUCUUCGAAUGAUGUGUGAUAAAUUCGAAGGCAAUCCAGAAGCGGUGAAAACUUUCAUAAAUAACGCUAUGGAAAAGCACGACUAUCCAAAGCUGAAAGAUUAUCAGCGAAAACAACAAAUAUCGGCCCAACAAAAACAAUACACGACCGAAUUCGAUGUAAAAAACUUCGUGAAAGUUAUACCAAACCCAGAGGAUUUUUUCACCGAAAAAUCACGAGUUCUUAAGCUGGACCCAAUGGAGAGUCAUUAUGCUUUAGUUUUUUUGAAAAAUACAUUUACUAAACUGCCGGUUCGUUCGAUUCAACAUGUUUUUCAAGCCAAUUCGACUAAGAACAACAGUAAUCUGUUAAAAACUUUCAACCAGUUGGAACAAAUGCAAAAGUUUGGGAUUGAUGUGAUGAGGUCCGUUCGGAAAGCUGUGCCAAUGCCCAAUAAUAUCACCAACAUUCCCUUACUUCAAGAGAUUGCAUAUUUGGCCCACAAACGCGAAAUCACCGAAUAUGUGAACGAGAUAAAAAAACGUGAAACUGUCGAACGCGAAGAAGUGAAAAGCCUCGGUUUGAUGCAAACUUGCAACUGUUGCUACGACGAAGAAGUGCUUCCUCGUGAAAUCUACACCUGUCAAAACAAUUGCGAAUUUUGUAAGUCCUGUAUUGUCAAAAGCGUCGAAGUGGCUUUUGGCGAAGGAAAACUGGAUUUUCCGUGUCUUGCCAGUUGCGAAUCUUCCUUCAGUUUACAAACUUUACAAGCCGUCUUGAGUCCGAAAUUAUUUUCAAAAAUCGCUCAAAAGAAGGCAUUGGAGGAGAUCAAAUCGGCGGGAAUUGAGGACUUGGAAGUGUGCCCAUUUUGCGAUUUUGCCACAAUUCCAGCCGAGGGAUAUACAAUUUUCACUUGCUUGAAUCCCGAAUGUAUGAAAGAGUCCUGUAGGAUGUGCAAGGAGCCGUCGCAUAUCCCGUUACGUUGCGACGAAAUCGAAAAGGAUGCUGAUGUCAAAGCGCGCACUUUUGUUGAGAAUAAAAUGACCGAGGCUUUGUUAAGGAAGUGUUGGAAGUGCGGCGUGAAAUUCUUCAAAGAGGAGGGUUGUAAUAAAAUGACCUGUUCCUGUGGGGCCUCUAUGUGUUACAUCUGUGGUCAGCCUGUUACCGAUUACAAGCAUUUUAAUGGAAAUGGGGGCGAUCGUUACGAUUUGUGUCCUUUGUACAGUGAUACUCACGAUUUGAAUAAGGAUAAUGUGCUCAAGGGGGCUGCCCAGGCGAAAGCCGAGCUGGGGAAUGUGAUGUUGAAGCAUGAUCCAACGAAAGACGUGCAAGAAUAUUACAACCAGAGGAAGAAGAAGCAUCCUUUGGAUCAUUUGUUUGUAAUGGUACCAGGGCGACAGGGCCAUCAUUACGCACAUCGCCAUCAUCCGCAUCACUUAUAAAUAUGUUUCUAUCAUUCAAAUACAGUUAUUUUACUAUA